GCAAACACCCCAACAUGGCCAGAAACCUCUAAAUCUGUCGUUCAUUAACCAAACAAGAGAGUAAAAAACAGAAAAUAUCUGUACAGAAGUCCAUAAAAUAACAAAUGGAAUCCACCCCCUCCCCCACAAUAACCAAGCGGCUAUGCCACAUUUUCCGACUACUAUAUUACAUGCUUCGCAACAGCAUCUCAAAGAGAAAGCUGAUGAUGGACCUCCAUCUCCUCCUCAAGCGCGGAAAACUCGCCGGAAAACUACUCAGCAAAUUCAUAUCUUUCCACCAUAAUGGCGGCGCCGCCUUAGAGUUCAGCUGCAACAACACCCCUUUCUACCCCUCUGCAAGGAGAAACAAACGCGGCCGCCGGAAGGUCGAGUUCGACAGCUUCGAUGAAGCUAUGAUGGCAAAGGCGUUCGAAGUAUUGAGCACAGAGGUUUCAGAUAUGGAGUCAGUCAUAUCGUCGACGACGCUAACUCCAUCUCCGUCGCCUUCGCCGGCAGCUAUGUGGUGGUUGGGGAGGAGUCCGGCGUGGGUACGGCAGUUGAGGGUGACUGAUUCGCCGUUUGUGGGGAGUGAGGAGGUGGUGGAGGAAGGAAAGGUUGAUAAGGAGGCAGAGGAUUUCAUAAGGUGGUUUCAUGAACAGCUCCGCCGGCAGCAACUGGAGUCCGUCGGAGCAACGCCGGAGAGAUUUCAGAGCCGGGCUCGAUUGUCGUUGAACGGUGGUCAAGUACGUUCAAACGUUGAAGGUUGGAAUUGAUGUUACAAUGACAAGUUACUUACAUGUUCAAUGAAAAGUAUUGAACAGUGUUUUUGGAUAUUUGAUGAAAUGAACAUCAAGCAGCAGAUGGGGAGUCUUAGCUUCAUUAAACUUCUGAUUUGUGUGGAUGUUUUUUUAUAAUUUCUUGGUUUGGCAAUGUACUCUGACAUGCACAGUUACUUGCAUGUUGAGAUGAUUUAGUAUAUAUAUCAUUGCAACAACUUUUAACUUGUGAGGAAGAGGAGACAAAGGAGCAAAAUGAGGCUCAAGUAUAGGCUAUAGAAUCCACGCUACUGUUUGAAAAAAACGGUUAAUUGCU